AUGUUAUUGACUGCAAAAAUCCUUGUUUUUGCCAUGAAUGGUUUCCUAAGAGUGGCAACAGGCUUGGACAUUGGAUUAUCCACGAAAUGCAUAGCGAUACCGAAGGAGAUGGGCAUGUGCCACAAGAUUGGAUACUCUGAAAUGAGACUUCCCAACCUGAUGGGACACACAAGCAUGGCAGAGGUUAUCCUAAAAUCCACCACCUGGCAGCACCUUGUACACACAGACUGUCACCCUCACGUGAGGACAUUCCUGUGCUCCCUGUUUGCACCCAUCUGUUUAGAUACGUUCAUCCAUCCUUGCAGGAGUAUGUGUGCUGCUGUCCGGGACAGCUGUGCCCCCGUGCUCCUCUGCCAUGGGCACCCCUGGCCUGCCAGCCUGGACUGCGACCGAUUCCCUGGAGACGAGGACAUGUGCCUGGCACCUCUCACCAAGGACUAUAAAUACUUGCACAAAGUCCUACCAAAGCCUACCUGCCAGACCUGCCCAACAGUGGAGGAAUUCUUUACACACAAAAGAGUUCUUGAAGUUUUCUGUGACAGUAACUUUGCAGUGAAAGUAAAGCUGUCCAAGAAGAGAACAGCAUUUGAGGACCAAGAGUAUAACAUUGAAUGCCAGGUGGAAUUCAUUACCCAGGGCUCACUCUUGCCCUACGAAACUCAGAGUAUGAUACAACAGUGGCUGCUAAUUAAUGAAAAAUGUAUAGAGAGGAUGACUCCAACCCACCGUCCCAUGGUGUAUCUCCUUGUGGGGAAUAUUGAGGAGGGCAUCAUUUUAGUAAAACAGGUUUAUCGCUGGCAGAGGAAGGACUCCCAGCUGACUUUGGCCACUCAGAAGUGGAGAUACCAUAAAUGCUUGUAAAUAUUUAUCAUAUUAUUUGUAAAAAGAUGAUUGUGCUUCUCAUGCCAAACCUAUCUUGUAAAUAGCAAUGUAUUAUACGUUCAAUAUAAAGCUUUAAUUUCCUUUUAAAUUGUAUUGUAAGCUGAACUCAAACCCCAGUGUUAUCAGGCUUCCUUUUGGUAGUGUUACAGCUACUCUUGUCCAGUUUGGACUUCAACAGCUAUGGAUAAAUGUUUCUUUGA